CGCAGGGAUGUGAAAUUAGCCUGGGUGAUUGCAACGGAUUUCAUCUACUGUGAACGUGCAUUUUUAUUCUUACAGAGGCAUUCUCUGUUGUUCUGUAUACGGGAAUGAAGGACAAGGUAAAUAGCCUUCCCACCAUGGAUUGCCAAGAAAAUGAGUACUGGGACCAAUGGGGACAGUGUGUCACCUGCCAACUGUGUGGGCCUGGACAAGAACUCUCCAAGGAUUGUGGUUAUGGAGAAGGUGGAGAUGCAUACUGCACCGCUUGCCCUCCCCGCAGAUUCAAAAGCAGCUGGGGCCACCAUAGAUGUCAGACUUGCAUCACCUGUGCUGUCAUCAAUCGUAUCCAGAAGGCCAACUGCACAGCUACUUCUAAUGCUGUCUGUGGGGACUGUCUGCCUAGGUUCUACCGAAAGACACGCAUUGGAGGACUGCAGGACCAAGAGUGCAUCCCAUGCACAAAGCAGACACCCACCUCUGAGGUUCAGUGUGCCUUCCAGUUGAGCUUUGUGAAGGCAGAUGUACCCACAGUGCCCCCUCAGGAGGCCACGCUUGUUGCACUGAUGAGCAGUCUGCUCGUGGUGUUUACCCUGGCCUUCCUGGGGCUCUUCUUCUUCUACUGCAAGCAGUUUUUCAACAGACAUUGCCAGCACGUUGCAGGAGGUUCGCUGCAGUUUGAGGCUGAUGAGGCAGCAGAAGAGGAAUCUCUCUUCACCAUGCCACCUGGCCGGGAGACUAGUCCUGGGUCCCCACUGAGUGAAAGAAUCUUUGAGACCCAGCCACUUAACCCCAUCCUGGAUGACGACUGCAGCUCAACUUGUGGCUUCCCCACACAGGAGUCAUUUACCAUGGCCUCCUGUGCCUCAGAGAGCCACUCCCACUGGGUCCACACCCCCAUCGAAUGCACAGAACUAGACCUGCAAAAGUUUUCCAGUUCAGCUUCCUGUACUAGAGCUGAGACCUUGAGGGGAGACACAGCUGAAAACUCUGAAGACAGACUGGAGUUCAAUAUGUCCUUUGAAGUCCCCAGCCCUUAACUUUAGUGAGGUGAGCUGGAAAGGUGGGACAGAAAGACCAGAAACUGAGGAUGACCCUCACAAGGAAUUUUACUCUGGAAUACAUUGUUCAGUAGAGCUAGGGGUAGAGGAAGAGCAAGCUAGAAACACUGGAGGGGCAGCAGUGGCUAUGCUAAUCUUUGGAGUCUGUCAGCUAAAGAUCACAUUUCUGGGCUUACAGUUGUCAAGGAAGUAACCAGGUUGACAUGAUGCUGGUCUUUCUAUCCUGGUCUUUUACAAGCUCUCUCAGGGCCUCACUGUGUAAUAGUCAUAUUCAGUUAUCUCUGCUCAUGUGUACAAGCACCAAGACACAAUGGGAAAAUCUGUAAGCCUUGCCAUCUGGUAGCCCUAUAUUUGAAAUCUACCUCUACUCCUUAAUAACUAUGUGAACCUUGUGUAAAUCCCUUUACCUCUCUGAGCCCCAGGUCCUUAAACUAUAAAAAGUAGAGAGUACUACUCACCUCAUAAGUUCUUGUGAGGGUUGAGUAAGAAAUGUAUGUGCAAGCGUCUUUUAUAGUGUCUGAUGCAUUAAAAAUGUUUAAAUCAUGUUAAUUUUUCUUUCCUUUCCCAGCCCCAGUCUGAUUUAUACACCCCUCCAUAUUGACUACACUUGUCUGAUCUUCAUAACACCCCUUUGUGGUAAGCAGGUCAGAGUUCGUUAGCCUCAUUUUAGAGAGAUAGUAACUGAGACAGAGAGGGAAAGCAAUUUGCUCAAAGUCACAGAGCCAAUCGGCGGUAGAAUUAAGCUAGAGUCCAGUUUGGGGGCUCCAUUCCAGAGUUUGUCUAACUUUAUCAAUGCAAUUAUUCCAUAGCCAAUGUUACUUUCUCAAAGGCUUAAGUAGCAUGAGGCAAUAUGAGGUAGAAGAGAGGAUAGAUUCUCUUUUCAAAUAACCAACUGCCUUUUAAAACCCUUUUCCAUAUUUCUGCAGCUAAGAUAUUGUCCAGGCCCUUUAAUGACUCCCCCUUCCCUACGUCUACCCAAGAAAAUGUGAACAACAUGUAAGUGAGAUCUAACACUGAUAUCAAACCAGUCAUCUUAUUUACUAUCAAGGUUAUCUAGUCCCACUUCCCUUCCAAGUCCUCCAAUUCAUGUCUGAGUUCCUUCUGUAAUAUCCCCAACAAAUGUUUGGUGUCACCUUUGCGCACAUACUUGCAGUGUCAGAGAGCUUACUACUGCCCAAUGUGUACCGUGGCUAUGACUGGUAGAUUGGAGCUCAAUGUAAAGAAAAACCUUCUGUCUCCCUGUAGUAUCUACUUGUGGGCCCUGGAUCUGUUCCUUGGGCCACACAGACCUCAUCUGCUUUCUCUGCCUUGUGACAGCCCUGAAGAGGUCUAAAGAUAGCAUUUCCUCUCUGGAAAGUAGCACUUUGUGUUUCUCUAGAGAAUGUGGGGCUUAAAACUAAAGCUGGCUUCAUGAGGAAUGGUCUCACCAAGAUAGAACAGAGUAGAACUGUCAUCAACCUAGCUAAGUGAUGUAUUUCUACUGUUGAAUCUUCAACCAUUGACCUAAAAUAUGGGUUUUUUUUUUGAGAGAUGAGGAGAACAGGAGACUAAUGAGAUUGCUCCACAGAUUUUUAACUUGCUCUGCUCCCUCCCUAGGUCUCUUGGGCUUCUGGCAACCUUGCCUGGUCAUUCUCUCUGGACUCUCCUGCUUUGUUCCUAUGCACAACAGUAGCAGGGGCCUGGGAUGUGGUAUCCACAACACCUAGUACUCUAUGAAUGGGGCACAUCCUAUCCCAUCGCACCAAAGGAUUGAUGGGUCUUCACCAUUUUCCAAGACUGACCUGCAGCAUUUCUUUCUUCCUUAUUAUAGUUAGCCUGGAGAGUCAGAUUCUUUGGCCACGGAACUACCAGACAUGUUCCUAGCUCAGCUUAAUGAUAGAGAAAAAGGGAGGGGAUGCCAAUGAAUGGCGUAGAGUUUUAUUGCUUGCAUCUUUGUCAGGUAGACCUGAAGGAGCAGCCUCUCAGUACAAUACAGAUAUUGAUAUGUCUACCUAGCACUUCGGGGACAAAAUCAAACCCUUCCCCCUUUAGCUCCUUCACACUGGCCCCCUCCAUAGUACACACACACACACUUCUACAUGCAUUUUGGGGGAGGCUUGACACCUUGAUUCCCCACUCAUCUCCUAGACUUCUGUGUCUGGGACAGCUCUGGAGCUAGCCCAUUUGCCAGGAUCUUCCUCCCCACAUAUAGGUCUCUUAUCCUUCUUUAGUGGAGAUUCAACUCAAUGUCUUUUUGAUUUUUUAAAUGGUACUUCCUAGAUUUCCAUUUAUUUAUUUAUUUAUUUAUUUAUUUAUUUAUUUAUUUAAUCUUCCUACUUUUGUCUCUUUUGUCCCUUCCUGGUGUCUGGUCUUCUAAAGUCCAAGGCUAAAUCUCUAGAUCCCAAUGACCAAACUCACUUCAGAGUUUUGGUCUUUGAAGUGAGAGUGAAGUUUCUGAGGUCUGCAGUGGGGUCCCUGAGGGCUGAACGUUCUCACUGAGGCCUGACCUUAAGGCAGCUCAAGGACCAUUGGUGCUUUCUUGGUUUAGAGUAGAACAAAAUCAGUUUCUGAGCCCUCACCACCAGUUCCACAUGCUUCUCAGAAUAAAGUGGAACUUCACUCCCCAAGGCUGAUGGCACAGGACAGAUGAGAACCUCAGUACUGAGAUGUGAGCAUCAUGGAUUGUUUUUAAGUCCCUCUUAUGUCUAUAAUAGGCCACUUGAGCUGAUACUCUCCCUCACAGUGGGUCAGAUUUGAAGAAAAACAGUUCUCAGAUGAGUGGAGCAACUAUCUCCUUUCUUUGGGAAUACUGUAUAUAGUCCAGAAUGUUGGAUGUAACUUAAUUUGUAAAAACCAAGGAUGGAGAUAGGGCACAGUAAUCCUAGGGAUGGAAAUGCUGAAAUUUACUGCAUAUACAGGUGCUUCACUUUACAGUUUGCAAUGUGUAUUUACAGCCAUUAUCUCAUUGGAUCUUUAUACAAACCCUGAGAUGGGCAAGGCAAGGAUUACCAUCCCCAGUUUGCAGAUGAGGAAACUGAGGCCUGUAGAUGAAAAGUGACUAUCCUUAAGUUAGUUGGUGUUGUAGGGCUGAAUAGCAAGGCCUCUCCAGUAUCUUGAAAUUUUAACUUUCUGGAAGACAAUGUUAUGGAGUAAGGUGAUAUUGAUUUUCUGGCAUAUCUGUUCCAGAAAACAACAAUCUUUGGCAGUAAAAAGGGUGGAGAGACAAAUAAGGCUUUUAUACCUGGAGGUGAAGGAGGUAAUGUUCUUGCCCAUAUACUGAGCCUAUUCUCUUCCCCUCCCAGCAACUGCCCUACUCCUACCCUGCACCAGGCCUGGAUGUAUGUUCUCUACAAGGUCUGACCCUAGUGUAAAUCUAAGAGAUUUUCCAUUUAGCACUGUCCCUCAAGAGUUCAAAAAGUGAGAAGGGCUGCAGUAUCAGACAAGACUCUUUCUACCUGUGUAUCUUAUUUUAUUUUGCCACUGGGGUAUGAAAAGAGUGGAUAAAGACUGGAGGCAGUAGGAACAUCCAUUCUAUUGCCCCCUCCCCACAUUCCACCAUCCAAUUUAAGAGUUUCUGAUUUUAGUUUGGGUAAAGACUUGAGACUUUUACCUUAUUUAGAGGUGGAAGGAGUACAAUUAUUUCAUCUUCAAAAUCCUCCUCCAGGUAGAUUGCAGAUGUUGGAGUAAAUAUGUCAACUAUAUCUUCAGUACUUUACAGUCUAUAAAAGUUUACUUAAAAAGAGUUUAUUCACACAUUAUGCCUAUUUUAAAGAUGAGGAAAGUGGGGCCUAGAAAGACUAGUAAAUUAUCCAAAGCAAUGCAUAUUUGGGAGAUGCAACCUGCCCCACAUACCCACCCCCACUCCCAGAACCAAGUGUGGAUCCCAUGACUGAGUGUAUAGUCCAGGGAAGAACAAGUAGAGCAAAAACUGGUCUUGGCUAUAAAAGAAAGACAGGGAAGGGCACUAGUACUUUAUCUCCACUAAAUACUGCCUAAAUAACCCUAAAGGAUUAAGGAAGAGACUUAGGAGAUGGAUUAAGGCAGUUCAUCCCUACUACCAGGAAAGACAUCUGACCCAAUAGUCUGUAAAUUGUUGCUGAGGUAACAGUGGUCUUCCAUUGAGAAACAGUACAACUUCAUCAGCAUCCAGGAUAUAAAGUUGUUGGUGUUUUGUUUUGUUUUGUUUUGUUUUGUUUUGUGUUUUUCCUUUUUCUCUCUCUGUAGUUCUUACCUGCUAUGGCCUAUAAGGUUUCCUCUGCUUUCCUCUUCUGCCAGUUUCCUCUAGACUCAUUGCACUCCCUGGGUCAGCUGGAAGCUCUUAAGUCAUGUUAUAAUAGCAAUGUUUCUGCAUUGUGUCAUAGGGCAAGGCAAGUGAUUUCCCAGUGAAUUGAUUACCUGGGCCUUACUCUGUAUUUGAGGUAGUAUAACUCUCCAACUCCAGCAGGGAGUAGGGCUGGGUCUUGCUGACUUUGCAAACUUACAGAAAAUUUCUGAGCCAAGUUGACCUUCCUUCUGGGGUCUGAUUUUCUUUUCUUUUUUUUUUAGAGUUAUCAAUUUUUUUAAAGAUUUUAGUUUUUAUUAUAUGUGAGGGAGAGAGAGGGUGCACAAGCAGAGGGAGCAGCAGGCAGGGGGAGAGAGAGAAA